GGAUACACUGCGUCGUUUGGAUUCAACGUUGACGAUUGUGAACAGCGCGCUCUAACGGCUGGCGGCCGUGUGGUUGUUUGCUAAUGGGAAAUUAAAGAUGGAACCGCUUUUCCUACCGCCGCUUCACAGGCAGAGACACCAGUUUGUUGUCGACUUUGUCAAACAACACAAACCCCAAAAGGUGGUAGACCUGGGGUGUGGUCAGUGUGAACUGCUGAAAAAGCUGAAGUGGUUUCACCGUGAAAUUGACCUUCUGGUUGGAGUGGACGUUAAUGGCACCCGAGUCAAGAAAAAAAUGCAUGGAUUAGCUCCGAUGCCAGCUGACUACCUUCAGCCCAUUGAUGACCAGCUCAGCAUUGAGCUGUACCAAGGCUCAGUGACACAGAGAGAUGCCCGGCUCAGAGGGUUUGAUCUGGUCACCAGUAUAGAGCUCAUUGAGCACCUCACUCCUGAUGAUGUGCAGUGUUUCUCUGAGGUGGUUUUUGGUUUCAUGAACCCAGCGGCUGUCAUUAUCAGCACACCAAACUCUGAAUUCAACCCACUUCUCCCUGGACUGUCAGGGUUUCGGCACAGUGAUCACAAAUUUGAGUGGACCAGAGCUGAGUUCCAAUCAUGGGCUCUUGAGGUGUGUUUGAGGUUUGGUUUUGAGGUGGAGUUCACAGGCGUUGGCACUGCACCAUCAGGGCUUGAGAGCGUCGGCUUCUGCUCUCAGAUUGGUGUAUUUCACAACCUUAAAGGAAGAAGUGGUCACAACUUUUAUUGUGACGAUGCAGAGGAUGAAUUUCCAUACACACUGAUGUACAGUGUGAAAUAUCCAAGCAUGAGAGAUAACAACAUCCUGCGCAGGGUCCUGGUCGGCGAGGUUCUAUGUUGGACACAGAGACUGAGGAGCAGAUGGGAGUCGGACAAAAGCUUUGAGAGGGACAAAGAUUGUACAUGGAAUGAGGGCGAGAGAGGAGGAAAUGAUUGUCUUUCAGUGCAGCAUGAGGAGGCGAGAGAAGAGCAGACAGUGUGUGGAGCACAGGUGGCAGAGCCAGAGUUUGGCUUCAGUAGAGAUUUGUUCAGAGAUCAGAGUGGGUUUUUGUCUGUGCCUCUGAACCUGUUGUGGUCUCACUGCCCCAAAGUUGGUGCCUUGAGUGGAACUCUGGAGAAUCUCAGGCAUCUGCUGAGUGAUGAGCCCAGUGUCAAAUUUAGCCAGGAUGGCGAUGCUGUGCUUAUACAGCUCCAGGAAGAAGAAUCUGAGGAAAAAGGGGAGGAAGAGCAUGAUGACCUAGAAGACAGCAGAUAUGCUGAGGUCAGAGAGCACUGCGGCACUCCUGAGCAAGGGCAAGACUGGGAAACAAAUGUUUGAUUAGGAGGUUGCAACUUGGUGUCCAAGACAAGUAGGUCACUCGUUAACUUAAGAAGCUGGCAUCAUUCUGAAAUGUUGUUUUGACUGUUAAAAAAGUGAGGUUUCACAGCACUGUGCACAGGCAUUAGGCGGGUAAUUACGUUAACUAUAUAACAUUUUUUAGGUCUGUUUCAUUUCAAAUGUUUGAAGCAAAUGCAGAACCAGAAGCUGUUUAUUUCUGUAGUUUUGAGUUUUUGUUUGCGUUUGAGCUUCAUAAAUAAAAGUUAUGUUCAGGAUAAUGUGGUAAAACUCAGCUCUACUUGUUUUUCUGUUGCAGUCUGUUCCAUAUCAACUGCUCUAGUGUAUUAUGUAGUGUGGUAGGUUAAGAACACAAGCGGGCUUUAGAAGAGUUUAAUUCAGUGCAAGGUACACAUUUGAAGCAUCCGGUCCACUUGUUAAGGAAGCAAAUGUUUGGUCAAAAAAUACCAAAAUCUGUGACAGGAACCACUGGACAGUGUUAGGACAGCGCAGAACGUCACGCUACAGGAAAAUACAUUUUACAGUUUUAUACAUAACAACAGCUUCACAGAAGAGAAGAAGCAACCAUGUUUGUAACAACAUGUUAGGUACCAAGAUGAAUAUACCUGUGUCACACAGGUUGAACUGAUUUAUAGAGACAGAAAUAGCCAUAGUAGCACUAAACACCAUCUAUGUAGUGGGAAUGUCAUUUCUUUAAACAAAACAUGUUGGCAAAUAUAUGGCACAAUAU